UAAGCCCCACUCAGGACCGUGUCAGCCUAUCGGCUUCCACGUCCUCACCAGCCUGCUCCGAUUCAGAGCUUCCCCCGGCCUGAGGGCCACUGAACUACAUUUUCCAGAAGGCGUCGCGGCAGCGCGGCACAACUUCUGUUCUGGAAAAUGGCGGCUUCCGGAAGCCGGAGCGAUUGAGUGGCCGCGGUGUGGUGAGGGGCUGCGGUGAACCUGGUACCCCCGUCCCCGCCUGGCGCCCCAGGUCUCUGUUGUCCGAGUUCCAGUCUUCUUGCUGCAGCUCAAGGCAUAGCUGGAUCCAGGCGCUCAAGUCACUUCCGUUUUGUCAGUGGGCAGUCGCUUUCUUCAGGCAGUCGCUUCCUCUCAGGCCGAAGGAGCUUUGGGGAGAUCGAAGUGUGUCUUCCCUGCUCUGCAAGCCAGUUGAGUCUCUUUUUCCAGGUGUGGGAACCACUGACGCCGGUAUUGUGUCAGGUACCCAUUUCUGAGUCACUCCCCAUGAUCAGGCAAUUGGAGAAUGUUCAUUGGCCAGGGGAAGGAAUCAGCCUCUGCCUUGCUGGAAAAAGUGGGAAGCCAGGGCUGGGAUAGAGACAGCUCAGUGGAUAGAGCGCCGACCCUAGCAUGCACGAGGCUCUAGGCUCCGUCCCCAGGUGGAAGCAGGAGGAUCAGGAUUUCAAGGUCAUCCUCAGCUGCAUAGCAAGGUUGAGUCCAGCCUGGGCUACAAGAAGCCUGUCACAAAAAAUAAAAAAGGAAAAAACAAACAAACAAAAAAGUCCUGGGCUCAGAUCAGGCAGCAGACUCCUGAGCUCAGUACCUGGCUCAAGAUUGGUUCUUAGUAACCAGGUUUUUUUUAAGCUCUAAGGCAGUACCCUGGCAUCUGCCACCCCCUGUCCAUCCAGCCACCCAGGAGCCAUGGAGGUGGCAGAGGUCAACAGCCCCACUGAGGAGGAGGAAGAGGAGGAGGAGGAGGAGGAGGGGGAAGAGACUGCAUCCGAGCCAAGGCCUCGCACUCGCUCCAACCCUGAGGGCGCCGAGGACCGGACCCUGGGUGCACAGACCACUGUGGGCAGCCGCAGUGAGGGAGAGGGUGAGGCGGCCAGUGUGGACGACCAGUCCCCCAGUGCCCCAGGAACUGGGCCCAAGACCUGGCAGGUGCCAACCCCAGCUCCGGAGAUCCAGAUUCGCACCCCCAGGGUCAACUGUCCAGAGAAGGUGAUCAUCUGUCUGGAUCUUUCAGAGGAAAUGUCUGUGCCGAAGCUUGAGUCGUUUAAUGGAUCCAAGACGAAUGCCCUGAACGUAUCUCAGAAGAUGAUUGAGAUGUUUGUACGCACCAAGCAUAAGGUCAACAAGGGCCACGAGUUUGCACUGGUCGUGGUGAAUGACGACUCUGCCUGGCUCUCUGGCCUGACCUCUGACCCCCGGGAGCUGUGCAGCUGCCUGUAUGACCUGGAAACGGCGUCCUGCUCCACCUUCAAUCUGGAGGGCCUGUUUAGUCUCAUCCAGCAGAAGACGGAGCUGCCAGUCACAGAGAAUGUGCAGACCAUCCCACCCCCGUAUGUGGUACGCACCAUCCUUGUCUACAGCCGCCCGCCCUGCCAGCCCCAGUUCUCCCUGACUGAGUCCAUGAAGAAAAUGUUCCAGUGUCCCUACUUCUUCUUCGACAUCGUGUACAUCCACAAUGGCUCUGAGGAGAAGGAGGACGAGAUGAGCUGGAAGGACAUGUUCGCCUUCAUGGGCAGCCUGGAUGCCAAGGGCAGCAGCUACAGGUAUGAAGUGACACUGGCCGGCCCGGCACUCGAGCUGCACAACUGCAUGGCCAAGCUGCUGGCCCACCCGCUGCAGCGGCCCUGCCAGAGCCACGCGUCCUACAGCCUGCUGGGCGAUGAUGAGGACGCCGAGGGUGAGGCCACCGUGUGACCUGUUACCACCCCUUAGGAGACCCUGGGGCUAGAGUGCUGGUUUUCAAAUUGAGUUUCCUGGCAUCCCUAAGGGUUCCAGAAGGGGCAAUGAGGGCACUUAGGGAACCCUGGAAGAGAGCCAGGGGUCCCAGGAGGUCUCCCAGGAGCUCUGGGCACCCCAGUCCAUGUUUCCUGGUCCCCACCCACUCCAGGCUGUCCAUUCCCUCUUCUUGCCUGGGGUAAAAUGUCAUAAGAAUAAAAAGUCUGGGACUAUCUAA